AUGUGCACCACCGACAACUCCAAACAAGCCGCUAGUGGCGCUGCCAGUCGUCUGGCUCGCAAAAAUAUCCUGGAACUCGCGCCCUACCGAUGCGCCCGGGACGACUAUAGUGAAGGCGUCCUGUUGGACGCCAACGAAAACGCGUUUGGUCCUCCUACCAGACCGGAACACAUCAAGGAUCCGUUGGAACGGUACCCGGACCCGUACCAAGUGCCGUUGAAGCAAAAGCUCGCCGCGCACCGAGGCAACGAGCUGGAAUCGUCGAAUAUUUUCGUGGGAGUCGGAUCGGACGAGGCAAUUGAUCUACUCAUGCGCAUCUUUUGUGUUCCGGGAAAGGAUAAAAUCAUGCAAACCCCACCAACCUACGGAAUGUACAAAGUUUGCGCCAAAAUUAACGAUGUGGAAGUGGUGAAUGUCCCAUUGACUGCCGAUUUUGACUUGAUUAUUCCCAAUAUUUUGGAAGCCAUAACGCCGGAGGCCAAACUGCUCUUUCUCUGUUCUCCCGGAAAUCCUACGGCCAAGGCGUUGCCGUUGGCCGACAUUGAAGCCGUCUUACAGAGUCCCCAGACGUGUGACACAAUCGUGGUCGUAGACGAAGCGUACGUGGACUUUUCGACACAGGGAUCGGCCGUGGGUUUGGUGCACCGGUACCCCAACGUGGUGGUGUUGCAAACGCUGUCCAAAGCCUUUGGAUUGGCGGCGAUUCGGUGCGGAUUCUGCAUCGGACCACCGGAUAUCAUCCAACUCAUGAACAAUUGCAAAGCACCGUACAACGUCAACGCGUUGACUUCGGAAUUGGCAAUACAAGCGUUCGAUCACGUGGAUGUACUGGACACGAAUAUUGCGAGUUUGCUGUCGGAACGUGCCCGGGUGGCGGCCUCGUUGGCAGAGUUGGACUUUGUGGAAAAGGUGUAUCCGUCGGACGCCAACUUUUUGCUCUUUCGGGUGGCGUCGCACGCACAAGCCGUGUACAAGGACAUGGCGGAUCAGGGUGGUGUGGUGACUCGCUUCCGGGGCACCGAAAUGCAUUGCGACGAAUGCAUUCGGGUCACGGUCGGCACUCCGGACGAAAACGAAGCCUUUUUGAAGGCUUUGCAAACGUCGUACCGGGCGUUGGCGUAA